ACAGUGAGCAUCAUGAUGGUAUGCAACUGUGGUGGGCUGGAAAAGAACUUGUUAGGGGAAAAAGAUUAUCUGAUUACAUAGGUGAAAACGAGAAGACAAAGGUAGGUGUACUUUGUAGAAUCAAAGUCAUACAUUUCUGGGGGAUUCCUUAAACGAGUCAGUCUUUUGAUGGCAGAUUAUCAUCAGAUUGAAGUCAGUUUCCACAGGGCCGUAAGGUUUCUCUCAUAUUAGUGGAAGACAUGCAACUGCUGUUUAAUCUGUUUUGUGCAGUUUUGUUGCUUGUGGCCGUUCCUGGAAGCUUUUUAGGUUCCUCAAGUGUUUGGUACAUCUCUGGUGGGUUGCCAUCGGGGCUGCAGUCCCGCACUAGUUGAAUUAUUCCUUUUUCAGUAUUGCUGUUUACCUAACAAGUAGACUGAGGAGGAAUGCAGGUGUCACAGCAGUAGCAUCAUUAUUGAACAAGGAAAAAGUAUCCUGUGCACAGCUAUUCCAAAGAAUCUUUCAGCACAUGACUCUUUCAGUUCAGGCACAUGCUUUGUUACCCUGAUCUUUUAUUCUGUCUCUUGUGCAGUAUGAACUUCAUGAUUUAGCCAACAUGUACUAAUUUCUAGUUUCAGGGGACAUCUAACACCUGCAAGUACCUUCCAAGACACACGUGUAAUGAUUAAUGUUCAGAUAGUUGAUAUUCUUGUCUUAUAUUUUGUUACUGCAUGAUUGUUGACCUUCUGAAAUUACUAAUAUACAUCAGAAUUUGAUCUUUUGUUA